AAUAAAAAGCAAUGUUCGGUGGACGGACGUCGUUUCGACUUUUGUAUUCCGUCAUGCAAUAAUUUUUGUCAUUCAUGAAUUCAUUGGUAAAAAGAUAUUUAGGUGGAGUCACCGUAGCAAACGUUAGAUUAUAAAUAAAAAUGUUGUUCUAGUACUCGAUUUCGCGUAGUUUAUAAUAAAGCACUUGAUAGGUCUGUGACAAGUACGGUAAUGGUGGCCAUGUCAUGAAAAUCCCCACAGCCAUGGAUGAUAGCUCCGUUUCUCAUCACAACGGAGGGCAAGUGGGAUCUGAAAUAGGAGUUAGUGUAAAUAAUAAACAAAAUGAAGAAUCUAGUCAAAGUGUCCAGUAUUCGAUACCGGGCAUUUUGCAUUUUAUCCAACAUGAAUGGGCGAGAUUCGAACUCGAAAGAUCACAAUGGGAGGUGGAUAGAGCUGAGUUUGAGGCACGGAUUGCCUUCCUUCAAGGUGAAAGGAAGGGCCAAGAAAAUUUAAAAAACGAUCUAGUGAGGCGGAUCAAAAUGCUUGAAUAUGCAUUAAAACAGGAAAGAGCAAAGUUUCAUAAACUGAAGUAUGGUGUGGAACUGCAACAAGGUGAUAUGCGCCCGCCACCAGAUGAGCCACCUGUAGAACCAGAGCCAGCAGAGAGAACACAGUGGCAGCAGGGUCGCCAACUUAUCAAACAGUACCUGCAGGAAGUAGGUUAUACAGAUACAAUACUGGAUAUUCGUUCUAAUCGAGUGAGAACAUUAUUGGGUGUGAAUAAUGAGGAACAGGCUGAGGAAUCCAAUUAUAGGAAUUGUGAUAAGCAUCACUAUUCCACAAACACAGCUGUUGGACGCAAAAUGAUGAUGUAUGACUAUGGUGGUAAAGAGCAACAACGCAAGGGUGCUGUAUCAAGUGGCGGAGGUUACAAUGAGGAAGGGCUGUCAGUGCAAGAAAAUGCAGUUUUUGCUAACUUUGAAUUCCUGGCUAAUCAGGAGAUGGAUAUGGACGAAAUUGAAGAUUUAAAUGCCAAACAAAUGCACCACACUACAAAUAAACAAGGUGAAGAAGUAGACCAUGAAGCAGAAGAAGUGCUUAAUGAGCUGAAUUUGCUCACCGAAACCGAGGCUGAUGGUGGAGGCCAGGGUGAUGAAUAUGUUGUGAAGUUCCCAAGCGGCACAGCCAGCAGCGGGCCGGCUGGCGAGGCGGACGAGAAGCCGCUAGCGCUGGGCGAGCUCGCACAGCUCACGGUCAGCAACGAGCCCGAGGGGUACGACGUGGCCGGCGCCAGCAAGGAGUCGUUCCGCAAGACGUGGAACCCCAAGUACACGCUGCGUUCACAUUUUGACGGGGUCCGCGCCGUUGCUUUCCAUCCCACCGAGGCGGCGUUAGUCACAGCGUCCGAAGACCACACCCUCAAGCUGUGGAACCUGCAGCGAACGGUAACGGCGAAGAAGUCCGCCGGCUUGGACGUGGAGCCCCUGUACACGUUCCGGGCGCACUCCGCCCCGGUACUGUGCCUCGCCAUGGGAGCCCCGCGCUCGGAGGAGUGCUUCUCCGCAGGAAUUGAUGGCACCAUCCGUGUGUGGAAUCUACCCUCGCUCACUGCUGAUCCUUAUGAUCCGUAUGACUCUGCUGUACAGGGCCCCGUGCUGCGCGAUCACACGGACGCGGUGUGGUCGCUGUCGUGGUCGCACGGGCGGCUGCUGUCGGCGUCGGCGGACGGCACGGCGCGGCUGUGGGCGCCGCGCGCGCCGCGCCCGCUGCUGUGCACGCUGCGCGACGACGUGGCGCCCGCGCCGCUCGCCCCGCCCGCGCCCGCCGCCGCCGACUUCGCGGACGCGGCCACGCGCGCCGCCGUCGUGUACAAUGAUGGAUCGCUGCUGCUCUACGAUUUGGAGACUGCGCAGACGGUGCUGCGCGUGUCGUGCUCGAGCCCGGCGCACCGCGUGCGCUCGCACCCCACGCUGCCGGUGCUGGUGACGGCGCACGAGGACCGGCACAUCCGCUUCUGGGACGCGGUGUCGGGGCGCUGCGCCAACGCGAUGGUGGCGCACCUGGACGCCGUCACCGGCCUCGCGCUCGACCCCAACGGCCUGUUCCUGCUCUCCGGCUCGCACGACUGCUCCGUGCGCCUGUGGAACCUCGACACCAAGACGUGCGUGCAGGAGAUCACCGCGCACCGCAAGAAGUUCGACGAGGGCAUCCUCGACGUCGCCUUCCACCCGAUGCGGCCCUACAUCGCGAGCGCCGGCGCCGACGGGCUCGCCAAAGUGUUCGUGUGAGCGGCGCGCCGCCCCGCGAGUGCCGCCCCGCCCGUCGCCCGUGCGCCGGCCCGCGAGCCGACCGCCGCCGCCGUGUAAUCCGCGCGUUUCAUGAAGGCGCACUCGAAUAUGUACUUUCUUAAAUUUAUGUGUAUCGUUCAGUGUUACGAUUCUACCGAAACGCGGAAGCUCCCCCUUUCGGUUCCGACCGUACGUACGUCUGUAGGAUGAAUUCGUGGAACGUAUAUGAUGCGACAGUAGAGGGACGGCGUUCGUGAAAUGCGACGAUUAUACGUUUCGUUUUUAACGUAUUUAAAAAUAUUGUAACGUAACGUUCCGGGCGCGCUUCGACGCUCGUCACAAGCGCGUAGUGGACACUCAUCUAUGUAUAGACAUUUGGAAUCUAUUAUAAUAUAUUUUUAGACUUUCAGUAUGUGGAUUUUAGGUUUUUAUCGCGACUUUUUCACCGAUUUUACUAUACGCAGUGAGUUAAAGAUAUUGUUCGUUUCUAUGCAUCUGUAAGCGUGACCUUUGUAACAAACAUUAUGAGGAUAUCGAAGAUUUUUCUUUGAUACGUUCGUGUCACGUAUCUGUACAGUUAGAUUUUAUGCAGUAUUUGAUAUUUUGCAGAUAACGUUCGAAGUGAUUACAUUAGCUAGUAUAUAUUUUAUUUAAAUCGUUUCGAUUUAUAUAGACGACUCUUACGUUUUGUCUUAUAUCUUGCUCUCAUAAUAUCUCGUGCAAUGAGGAGCGGUCGAACAAAAAUGGAACGGCUAGGAGUACUGUAUUGGAAGUAAAAUAAGUAAUGUUUGUUCAUAAUGAAUACUGCAAUGUAGAAUAUAUAUUAUAAAACAUUACAUAAUUAUUCCUUUAUUUUCCUCGAAUUCAUAUGUACACAUACAUCCAAAUUGAUAGUAAAAAGCAACAUAACCGAA